AUGGGACUCCGGGAGCUGACUGUCUGGCUGAUCGUGGCUGUGGGGCUCGUACAUGUGUCCCUGCAAGGAGAGUUCCAGAGGAAGCUCUAUAAGGAGUUGCUGAAGAAUUACAAUCCUCUGGAGAGGCCUGUGGCCAAUGAUUCCCAGCCGCUCACUGUCUACUUCACUCUUAGCCUCAUGCAGAUUAUGGAUGUGGAUGAAAAGAAUCAAGUUUUAACAACCAACAUUUGGUUACAAAUGUAUUGGACAGAUUACUAUUUACAAUGGAAUAUGUCUGACUACCCCGGAGUGAAGAAUGUUCGUUUUCCUGAUGGUCAGAUUUGGAAGCCAGAUAUUCUUCUAUACAACAGUGCUGAUGAGCGAUUUGAUGCGACGUUUCAUACCAAUGUUUUAGUCAAUUCUUCAGGACAUUGCCAAUACCUGCCCCCAGGCAUAUUCAAGAGCUCAUGCUACAUAGAUGUGCGCUGGUUUCCAUUUGAUGUUCAGAAGUGUAAUCUGAAGUUUGGAUCCUGGACCUAUGGUGGAUGGUCCUUGGACUUACAAAUGCAAGAAGCAGAUAUAUCUGGAUACAUUUCAAAUGGAGAGUGGGAUCUAGUAGGAGUUCCUGGAAAGAGGAGUGAGAGUUUUUAUGACUGUUGUAAAGAACCUUACCCAGAUGUGACAUUCACAGUGACUAUGAGACGUAGGACUCUGUAUUAUGGACUCAAUCUUCUCAUUCCUUGCGUGCUGAUAUCGGCACUUGCCCUAUUAGUUUUUCUGCUUCCGGCUGACUCAGGAGAGAAGAUCUCACUAGGUAUAACAGUUUUAUUGUCUCUUACUGUCUUUAUGCUACUUGUGGCAGAAAUUAUGCCAGCAACAUCAGAUUCAGUGCCGUUAAUAGCUCAGUAUUUUGCCAGCACCAUGAUUAUUGUUGGCCUUUCUGUUGUUGUCACUGUUAUUGUUCUGCAAUAUCACCAUCAUGACCCAGAUGGGGGAAAAAUGCCAAAGUGGACAAGAAUCAUCCUUCUGAACUGGUGUGCCUGGUUCCUGAGGAUGAAGAGACCAGGGGAGGAUAAAGUACGCCCUGCCUGUCAGCAUAAGCAGCGUCGAUGUAGCUUGUCAAGUUUGGAUAUGAACACUGUGAGUGGGCAACAAGCCAGUAAUGGGAAUAUGCUCUAUAUUGGGUUCCGGGGGCUGGAAGGGGUCCAUUGCACUCCGACCACUGAUUCUGGGGUAAUUUGUGGGAGGAUGACCUGCUCACCAACAGAAGAAGAGACUCUCCUGCACAGUGGACACCCCUCUGAAGGUGACCCAGAUUUGGCUAAGAUCUUGGAGGAAGUCCGAUAUAUUGCAAACCGAUUCAGAGACCAGGACGAGGAGGAAGCCAUUUGCAAUGAAUGGAAGUUUGCAGCCUCUGUGGUAGACCGUCUCUGCUUGAUGGCCUUUUCUGUCUUCACAAUCAUUUGUACGAUCGGCAUUUUAAUGUCCGCACCAAACUUUGUAGAGGCUGUGUCUAAAGAUUUUGCUUAA